GGUCUAUCGACUUGAACACAUGUUAGUUAAUUUUCAAAUAUGGAACCUUUAUUUCUAAUUCGUUUUCUCCUCGACUUGAAGUUUAACAGACACAACAUAUAUCAUGUAUUGCAACAUGACUGUCGUUAAAUAUUCGUGACGUUGGCAAAUAUUUACAAUGGCAAAAUUACGAAAUUGUUUGUUGUGUUUGGCUUGUGACGAUGAAGUGAUUGCAUCUGUGUUUUGUAAGCAGUGUAAACAAUAUUACUGUACAGAGUGCAAGGAAGAUCAUUUCGUAAUUCCUGAAUUACAAAACCACAAUCUCGUUUCUGUCGAGGAAGGGGUUUCGUUAGAAAUACAUAUCAACUGUGAAUUAUGUAUAAAACGGGAAAAGACUAUAGAUGCGUUGAAAAGAUGUGUUGACUGUGGGUUACUGUUAUGCCAUCGAUGCUCCCGCAGGCAUUGUGUCAAUACAAAAACGCAAACCCAUACACAGGUUGAUUUAUCAGCACGUCCAGGCGAUGAUGUAGGAAAUAGCAGAUCGAAUAGUGAGUGUGCAUCAUACAGUGAAUUGUUAGAGACCAAUUAUCAAGCUCAUGAGGUCAGUUGCAGUGGUAUGAACGUUGAAACUGCGUAUUACAUUCGCUUCGUUCUUCUCCUUAUCAAAGGUGGAACGCGUGUUCUUAGAAACUUAAUGGUCAUGUGUUUAGAGAAAAAGAAAAUAACCCUUGAACAUUUUCUCAGGUCCUAUCAAAAUUCAAUUCAAGCAUCACAAUACGUCAAACGAGAGCAGAUGGAAGUUUUGUAUCCAGAGUCACCGAAGACUUCAGACAUAAGGGAAUGGGAUAUACAACUCCUAUGUUUCAUUUUAAUAGAGUAUUUUAAGCAAGAAUUGAAUACUCCGGAGCAGCUUGCUGUCAAGAAAAUAAGAGAAAUGCGGAAUGAUUUCUACGCACAUUACGCUAAAGCUUGUAUUGACAGAAAUACGUAUUAUUCGCUAUGGAGUGAACUUUCAUUGAUAAUGACAACAAUGGGCGCAAAGAUGCCGAAGUCUGAAAAAGAAAAGAACGACAAUCUGAUAAGUAAACUAUGCAGUGCAAAGCUGGACAUUAAUUCUGCAACUAUGGAAAUAAGGAAACUGAACAAUUCAGACGACUUUAUUAAUAACAUAAAACAAUGUCUCAACAAUGUUCUUGGCACGAAUCUGCAUAUUAUCAAACAGGAUUUAACUGAAAUAAAAGACGCCUUGAAAACUUUGAUAGUUUCAAGAAAGGAAGAAACAAGUGAGCAAAAGCAUGCAAAAAUUGUGAACACGGUGUAUGGAGCUGUUCAUGUCUAUGCCAGGACACAGAACAUUGUUGAAAAAGCUGAAGCUCAGCUCCUUGCAGCAUCAAAUCAAAGCACCGACGGAACUGAAGUAACAGCAAACAAAGAGCUUACUGAAAAUUUCAACAAACUCAAAGAAGACAUUGAAGAAACUGGGGUGAAUUUAACCAGAGGAGAUCGGGGCUCUAUAAUAUUGACAUUUGAAAGUCAUUCUGCCCAUGCUUUAUUAAAACUUAUAGAGUUUUUUGAAAGUACGCGCCUGAAAACCCACCUGCAAGAUUUAUCCCAAAACCUGCAAAACAUAUUGGGAGAAAAGAUUAAUCUAACUGCAUACAUUCUUCGUGACUCGCUGUUUGAAGCAUUAAGGCAGAUGAAAUGCCAAACGCACGAAGGAACUGUUUGGUUCAAUAUGAAAUGUACAGGAAUCGAAGGUCUUCAGCAUGCUUUGACAAUGUUUGAAGAAGGGGGAGCCUCAAAAUAUUUAAACAAGAUGUCAGAGAUUCUUACACACAGCAUUGGUGAAACUAUCACUUUAGAAAAAACCAUUGAUAUUGAACAUUUACAACGUGUCAUAUUCAUCACAACGGAACAACUUGCAUUGCCAAAUCGCAGUAGAUUCAUAGUAGACAGUGCUGAAAAUGGCGAAAUCACCAAAAGAGCUAAAAUAGCAAGUCAGAAUGUAAAUGAUGAUGACGAAAAGAGUGCCACUCGGGAUAAAUUAGAGACAUAUGUUGCAAACAGAUCGAAAUCAUAUCCAGAAACAGGAAAAGAUUAUAACGUUUAUUUGGAAAAGAUUGAAAAUGAUCGGCCAGGUAAACCAGAAGCGUUAGAGAUCUCCAGUGACAAGGUCCUAAAAUUAGUUUUGCGACGUUUAAGAUGGCGGUAAAUUCGAUCUUGACUGCAAGAAAAAUCCUUUUGUCUUUCUUUUCUUUUGUAAAGAGCAGAGGAAAGAUGUUGAUCUAAUACAUUUGUCAUUCAUAAGAUAUACAGCAUCAUUAAUUCUAUUCUAAGUUUCUUAAUAAAUU